UGAUCAUGUAAUGCUUUCAGAGAUUAGUAUGGUGAUCAGUAAUGUGGAAAGAGGAAGAUAAAAGCAGUUUGGGAGGCACAAGUAAUCACUUGCCAGCCCCAGGUAGUCGCAUUCCAGUAUCAAAGAGCAAGUUACCAACACCAAUCACAAGGGGGUCUGGUCUGGUUGGUCGCUUGCCACAUCCUUCACCAACGAGGCGUCUUGCUCCAAUAAGGUCGAGCUUUCCACCUCUGGCUGCUAGUCCAUCAGAACUGGGAAUGGCAGACCCACCAAAGACAAACAAACCCUUAGGUCCACCAAGAAGCAGAGGCUCCCGUGGAGUUUCUCGUGGUGGAUCCAGGGCUGCAACAGCGGCCUCCAGGAUGAGCAGAGGAUCAGGAUCUUCGGGGUCAAGCAGAAAAGAUUCAGAUACAGUUGAUGAGGAUGGUACCAAAACCCCAAAGUUAAACCCUCCUCGCAAGCCAACCUCGAGAGCCUAUGGAUCAGUGCGUGCAAGGAUACGUGUCCGUGGUGGACGUCCAAUGAUGCAAGGCUUUGCCAACGUUGGUUCUGUGUUUGAUGAAGCAAAGUCCGAAGAGUUGCAUCCACAAAUCAUCAAAAUGGCUAGAAGAUCAGGGCAGCUCAAUCUUUCCAACAGAGGAAUGCAUGAAGUGCCUGAUAAAGUGUAUCACAUUCAUGAGAUGGAUGCUGAUGAAGCCAAGAAAAUGAUGAUGGGUAUGAGCAUGGAUAGUACUGAUGAUGACCGCUGGUGGGAACAAACAGAUCUUACCCGUCUGUAUCUCUCCUCCAACUGUCUCUCAUCCAUAUCUCCCAAGAUAAGCAACCUCAUGUCUCUCCAGGUUCUUGAUCUGUCAGACAAUUGUUUGACCUCCCUCCCAUCAACUAUUGGUGAACUGACCUGCCUUCAUCGCUUGAACCUAAGCCACAAUCGUCUUGAAGAAUUACCAGCUGGACUUUUCCUUAUAUCAGACUUAAGGUCACUGCAGUUGGAUCACAACCAGUUGUCAUCUCUCUCCAAUGACCUGGGAAAUCUCACAGUAUUGGAAUAUUUGGAUGUCUCUCACAAUGCUCUGACAGAGCUACCUGCAAGUAUAGGAUACAUGCAGCGUCUCUCAAAGUUUAAUGCCUCAAAUAACAAGUUACAAGAGCUUCCAUAUGAAAUUGGAGAUUGUUUUGGUCUGAAUCAGCUUGACCUAAACCAGAAUGAGCUGAAAGGCCUUCCAGAUUCCAUUGGUAACCUGCAGAAAAUAGAGCAGCUCUACCUCCGCUACAACUCAAUCCAAAUUCUCCCUCCUUUACAUAACUGUGCAUCAUUAAAGGAGCUGCAUCUUGGUUUUAAUUUCAUUAAGGAAAUAGAAGCUGAACAACUAAAUCAUUUGACUGGGAUAAGUGUGUUAGUUCGAGACAAUCAGAUUGAUGAUUUGCCUGAUCAGAUAACAUUGCUUCAGGGGCUUGAGCGGCUUGAUAUUACUAAUAACAACCUUCUACGUAACCUUCCCUACCAUAUUGGCCUUCUUCCCCAUUUGAAGUCCAUGCCAUUGGAUGGUAAUCCCAUGAGACUGAUUCGACGUGAUAUUAUACAACGUGGAACAAUGCAACUCUUGAAGUAUUUACGCUCAAGAGUUUCAGCUCCUGUCAAUACAUUCCCUGGUUUUGAAAAUACACCUGUUGACACAAACCUGAUAAUGGGAGAAAAAGCAAUUCCAGACAAGUACCAGAUGAGGACAACUCAAACAAUGGCAUAUAAUGAAAAAGCUGCAGAAAUUCCAGAUAAACUGAUUGAAAAUGCAGCGGAAGCAGGAGUGAGAACAGUUGAUCUAAGUAAAAAUAUCCUUUCUCAGGUUCCAGAAAAAUUGGAAACGCUAUCACGACAUGUAUCAGAAAUUAUGCUAGGCAUGAAUAAGCUAACAUCAAUCCCAGCAUUCUUUGGGACAUUUCAGCGGUUACAAUUCUUAGAUGUACAAGGAAACCAGCUUACUGAUUUGCCUACAGAUCUUGCACAGUGUCUGUAUCUACGUGAAAUCAAUAUUUCUGCAAAUAGAUUUGAACAGUUGCCAGCAUGUGUCUAUGAAAUGGCACAGCUUGAAAUUUUAUUUGCUGGGGACAACAAGAUUACUUCUAUUUACGUUGAAGGCCUCUCAAAGUUGAAACGAAUAGCAACUUUGGACCUCCACAACAACAACAUAGAUUUUGUCCCACCACUGCUUGGAAAUAUGACACAGCUAAGAACUCUGCAACUAGAAGGAAAUGCAUUCAGGGUACCAAGGACUGCCAUUUUAGCUAAAGGAACUCGUGAGAUCUUGGACUACUUGCGAACAAGAAUUGUUGAUCAGUGAAUCUGUUACCAUCAUAAAAUCAACUAAUAUGUGGUACAUUGUAAAGGAUAUUCUCAAACUUUAAACUAGUGACCUCAGUAAUGAAACAUAUUCUCUGAAUAGUACUUAGUUUGCUAUAUGUAGGGAUAAGUAUAAAGGACCAGUUUAUUCUAUAAUAGAAGUGAUAUAAUAAUAUAAAUUCAAAUCCAUCCGCAUGCUCAUGUCUGUAUUUGUAUGUAUCUUUAAGUAAACAUAAUGUUUGCCCUAAGCAUACCUUUUUAAGGAGCCCAGUGACCCUUCAGGAAAUGGACAAGAAGCAGUCCAGAUCUAUUGUUUUUAUGCUAUGUGAAACUGAAUGUAUUUUAUGCUUGUUGAGCAAGCAAGUUAUGUAUUCAUUUGAGAGGGAAAAUUUGUGAUAACUAGCUUAUUGGUAUGAUUCAGAGAGAGUGAAAGUUGAAGGGCUGCAAGUUAUUUUAAAAAGGAAUCAGGUGGUGGAACCUUGCACAAACACUUGCUUUGUCAUUUGAAUGUGGAUUUGCAUCUUCAGUUUGUGUAUACACUUGUGUUUCCUAUACUUUUCAUAGGUACCAAGAUUAACUGUAAGCUUUAAAUAAUUCUAUAUUGUUUUUAAUAUUUGAUACUGCUGAAAUUUGCUGUUACUGUACAUACUACCAAAGAGGUUAUUGGAAAAAUCUUAAAUGUGUUGAUUAUUCUUUACAAAAUUAUGAUAUAAAUGUACCUUUCAUAAUAUUUUCCAAAUUAUAACUGUGGCAUAUCAUAUUUGCUCUGAAAGUUUUGAAAUGUAUACUUAAAAUGUGAUUUGUAUAUAUGUUUUUACUAUGAGUCUGAUUCAAGAAUUCUAUACUCAUACUAAUUCAGAAGCAUGUAUGACAAUGAUGAAUUAGGAUUGUUCAUUAGUGUCGGAAGUCAUAAUGCUGUGUUUUUGAUUAUUUUUUACAUAUGUAAGGGAAAUUUGAAAAAAAUAUUUCAGUUAAUUACAGAAUGUGCUAAUUAUCUGUGCUUAGCGAUGCAAACAGCUUAAAAUAAUUUACUGAACUGUACUGGUGCAUUUUAGCUGAAGUUAUUGAAUAUAUAUAUAUUUAAUAUAAUAUUAAAUGUUAUAUGUACAUUAUAUUUUUUGUCAGUUUUGAUUACAAGUAAUAUUUUCUUGCCAUAAAUUCACUGACUUAAA